AUGGAAGGAGAUAAAGCAGUUGAUAAUAGUAGACAUAGCUGGUUAGAGAAGGACAACUUUGAUGUUGUCGUACUUGGUACAGGAUUCGUUGAGUCUGUACUUGCAGGUGCAUUGUCAAGAGUUGGAAAGGCAGUGUUACAUCUUGAUAAGAACACUUAUUAUGGAACGAAUUGCAGCUCGUUCUCACUCAAUCAAUUGAAUGACAUGUUGGUCAAGGCGUCAAAUGGAGAGGAGAGCAUCUUUACAUUUGCAAAGGUGUAUCAGCCACCACCUCCCCCUGCAGUUCCAGUGGAGGAGGAGGUUCCUCAGGUACGACCAACUACUCCUGUGGAGCCAGCAUCAUCUCAAACAUCGCCAAAGGAGGCCACACCAGUACCUUCGACAACAUCUGAGACCACAACAGAGACAGAGACAGUGACAGUGACCACACAAGAGGUCACAGCUGAUGCGACCAAUCAAUCGAAUGAGGAGCAGACUGUACCAACUCCAACACCAACCCCAACUCCAACACCAGCAGCACCAAAGAAGAAGAAGGUUGAUACUUCAUUGUUUGGAGUUGGUAGACAGUUCAUCAUUGACUUGCUACCAUCACUCCUAUACUCUAAGGGCCCACUAGUUCAGUUGUUGAUCUCAUCGGCAACAUCAAAGUAUCUCGACUUCAAGUGUCUCGAUCAGAACUACAUGUACAUCAACAAUACUCUUCAGCCAAUACCCUCGACAAAGGGCUCGAUCUUCAAGGACAGCACAUUCUCACUGAAGGACAAGCGCAUCAUUAUGAAGUUCAUCGACGCCGUUAAGUCUUUGACAGAGGAGGGCGUUGACCAGGCACAGCGCAUCGAAGAGCUGUCCAAGCAGCACGGUGGCAGCUUCCUCCAGUUUGUCAAGAGCUUCAACAUGUCGGCGCAGGUCGAAGCCUUCAUACUCUAUGGCAUCUCGCUGGUGCACCCACCCAACAUGGCCGACGUCUCACUGGCCGAGGGCAUCAAGUCGGUGCUUCUGUACAUUACAUCACUACUGGUCUACGGACAGCUACCAUUCUUGAUCCCAUACUAUGGCUAUGGAGACAUUCCCCAGGCAUUCUGUCGUCUCUGCGCAGUCUUUGGUGGCAUCUAUGUGUUGGAUCGCAAUGUCAAGCAGCUCAACGUCGACGCCGACAAUCAGUACACCGGCAUCGUAUGCUCUGAGGACCAACCCAUCAAGUCCACCUACUUUAUAACUUCGCCCAAGUAUCUCUCGAGCCUAAUGCCAACUCAAUCAAAUGAUAUCAAGAAGGAGUUUGAGACAACUUCAUACUCAAGAUGUAUCUGUAUCACUGACAAGCGAAUCAUAAACUCAAUGGACUGCUCUUACAUCACUAUCCCACCCAACUCGAUUGCUGGAAACAAGAGCACAGUCAAUGUGUAUCAGAUGGAAUCAUUGUGCACAGCACGUGGAUACGUCUUGAUUCACUUCACGACCAUUCAAUCAGGUGCCAACGCCGAAGAGGAUUUGAAGGCAGUGGUCGAGACAUUCGUACAGUUGUCUGGCGGCAAUAGCGAGUUGCCAACCAUUCAGUGGUGUGCCUAUUUCAACCUUUCACUUGAUCACGUGACCAGCUCGUUUGGUGCCUAUGGCCAGGCGUUGCCCAAGAAUGUGAUGCUCACCUCGGACUCUCCAGUCUCUGUCUCCAUCGACUAUGACCAGCAAAUCAACGAAGCCAAGGCACUAUUCGAGAAGAUCUGUCCAGGACAGACCUUCUUGGAGCGUGUACCAGACUCUGAAGACAUCGUUUGGAACUAUGAUGAACAAACUACAACAACAACAUCAACAACAACAACUUCAUCAACAGAGACGACGGUAGUAGAUGCUACAACAUCAACAAUAGAGACGAUUGUUUCAGACAAUGAUGUUGGCUCAAGCCCAAGCGACACCACAACCAACACGACCAUCGUCGCCAACAACAAUAUCGACAACAGCGAGUCAACAAAGACCGCAGAGGGCAGCACUACACCUACUACUCCAAUUAGUAAUCCAAAAGAAGACACCAAUCAAUGA